GACACUUGACAGUCUCCGUUCUCUGACGCCACUCAGCCACUCAUGUAGAGGCAGAACGCAUUACACCCGGUCUGUUCAUCUUUAAGACUUUUGAAACAUGGAUUUGAUAAUCAGUGUAGAAGAUUGUGUUAUUGCAGAGGACGGAAUUCAAUGAUUCUCAUUAUCACUAACUCCAUGCACUGCUCAACGGGCUGAAUAGAGGGUUACAAUGUUGAGAGAGUUGUGUCCUCCUCUGGCUCCUGGAUCCAGCUACAGGGGUCUGUCUUCCAGUAAGAUGAGGUUACUACAUCACUGACCGACAACACGUCUCACACACUGGAUCACAGGUGGGUAACCUGGAUGCAACACCCAAAGUGAGACUUGGUGCCACUCCUGCAGACCAAGAUGUGUGGAUCUGCCCUGUCUCGGUGGCGGACGCUGUGUCUGCAGUUAUUGGGGAUGGUGGUGUUCAGGAUACAAGGUGAGGUCAUCACCCCCUCCAGCAUGACCGCUGUGGCAGGCCUCCCCUUCACGCUGGGCUGUAACGUCACCAUAGCAACUGGCGACACGGUCAAGCAGGUCCGCUGGCUGAACAAACACAACCAGGUUCUCCUGGCGUACGAGCCGGGCGAGUCGGUCAGAACCACCUCCUCCCACGACGGCGUGGAGCUAACCUCAUCAUCGCACCGCGACGUCAGCGCCAUCACCAUCAAGAGGGCGGGGCCUAACGACGAGGGCUGCUACCGAUGCAUCUUUGACAUCUACCCCAGCGGAGCGCAGGAGGGAAAGACCUGCCUCAGUAUUGAAGUCAAAGUGGGCAACGAGGGUGAUAAAACAGCCGUCAGCGGGAAGCUGGCCACCAUGUCCUGCUGGUAUGGCCUCCCAGACAGGGUACGCCAGGUCCUGUGGAGGAAGACUGCAGAGCAGGGUGACACGACCAAGGUGGCCUCCUUCGCCAAGCGAGGCCAACCCAGCAUUGAGGAACCUUAUCGGGGACGCACGACCCUGAGCCCCUCCCUGGGAGACACCCAGCUGUCCAUCCGGCCGGUGAGGACGGAGGACGAGGGCUGCUACACCUGUGAGUUCCACACCUACCCAGAAGGCACCAGGAGCGCCACGGCCUGCCUCUUUGUAUAUGUGCUGCCCAACCCGGAGAUCACCUCCAUGACCUCCAACGGUGUCAUCGAAGCCAACUGCACGGCCGCAGCCCGUCCUGCAGCCCAGAUGGUAUGGAAUGUGGAGGGGGACAACCGGACGCUGGGGCCAUCCGUGUCCUCCUCCUACGACCAGGGGGACGGCACCACACUGGUCACCAGCACCCUCCUCCUCCAGGAAGGCCUGCUCCACGACCUAUCCGUCAAAUGCAUGGUGCACCACCGAGGCCUGGACUCGCCCAUGUCCGUCAACCUCAAUGUUGGGCCUGACCUCGCUACUCUCAUCUCAGUAUCCUGUGUGGCAGCCCUGCUCCUGUGCUGCCUGUGUGUGUGCCUCUGCAAGUGCUUCCUGUGCCGAAACGAUUGAGAUUUGACCUGGAAUGGUGGAAGACGGAGUGUUUUGAUGAGAAGCCAGAGUUCUGAUCAUCCAGCUAGACCUAUAGGCUCCUCAGCACCAUACGCUCCAUGUCUGUUAGAAGGAACAGCUCACUACAGUAUUACACAUCAUCAACAACUGUUUCUCCAGGCCUCAAUGGCUGAACUGGAUUAAACCUUCAUCCCACCAGUGACGAAAACAUAAACAAGACUAAAGCCAUGUUUCUAUUAACAUUAGAUAAAGACACUUAUCAAAAUGUGGCUUUGAAGUUUAGUCUGUCGAGGCUGGUCCCGGAUCUGUUUGUAAGUCCUAUAGUCAUUGUCACGCCAAUGGCUCAACAGAUCUGGGAUCAGGCUACAAAUCGGUCCACUCGAUUAAGAAAAAAGUCUAGGACAAAGGCCCUUAUAACAAAGUGCUGUAAAAGUAGGAGGUUUUUAAAUGAUACAUUCACAAAAACGUUCUAAGUACACACUAUGUAAUGUAUUUCAACAGUUACAGUAUGUUUAAGGACCAGGCUGCUUUUUUGUGUAGGAGUUCUCCUGUUAUUUGUUUUUUUGCUGCUGUAUGUGGUGUGUGUGUGUGUGUGUGUGUUACAGAUAUCUUUAGUUUUUUAAUACUGGAGUUCCAGUAUUAAAAUGCAAUUGCAAUUUGCCAUGUAUUUUACAGCUAGCUAUAUGAGAUAAUUUAGAAUACAAACAAUAUCAUAUAUAUUUCUCAUGCUCAAUAUUUAACUUACAUAUUUACAACAGCGUUUUACAAAAUGUCUGUCUCGGUGUGUGCCUUUCCUAUUGAAGCAUAUUCCUACCAUCUGCCCAUUUGACUUGAAAAUGGCUUCCAUACUUUUCAACCUGUUUAAACCUCACAACAAAUGUAUACAAAUUAAUUACUACUGUUUAUUAGCAAUUCACUUUCAUAACGUCAGUAUUACAAACGCUAUAGUUUAACAUCACACUAAAUCAGCAUACUCAAAAUGGUCUAGACAACGAUGGAAGGGGACAGGAUUGUGUCAAUGAAAUAUGCUUAUGACUUUGGAUGUCAGGUUCUGUAUAUCUGAAUAGCUUUUUAGGCUACAGUCCCUUACGACACAGUGUAUUCCUGUUAGAGUGUCAGAAAUAGCACUAGUAGCAAACUUAGCUGUGUAUUUCUAAAUGAUGCCUGAGGAUUACUGGUGAAUAGAUCUACAGUGGCUUCAGAAA